AUGGCUGAAAUGGAAGUUCAGACAGAUCUUUCUAAUGGAAAGCAGGAGACAGAUGCGAUUUUACAACCAGUGAACAACACAGAAAUCGGCAACGAGGUCAUUAUACCUCCGGAGAAAAAAGUUAAGAAAGUCGUUCGCAAGAAAAAACGACCUGCAAGGCCCCAAAUCGAUCCGCUGACUUUGAAAUCUGAGCCACCACCGCAAACUGGGACAAUAUUCAAUAUAUGGUACAAUAAAUGGUCAGGGGGUGACCGUGAAGAUAAAUAUUUAUCGCAGACAGCUGCUGUGGGACGCUGCAAUGUCAUAAACGAUACAGGAUAUACGAAAGCUGAUAAAGUGAACGGAAGUUAUUUCUGCCUUUUCUUUGCGCGUGGGGUCUGUCCCAAGGGUCAAGAGUGCGAGUAUUUACAUAGGUUACCUGGAAUCCAUGAUUUAUUUAAUCCUAAUGUAGAUGUAUUCGGGCGCGAUAAACAUUCCGAUUACCGAGAUGAUAUGGGAGGUGUGGGUAGUUUCAUGCGCCAAAACCGUACGAUAUAUGUUGGUCGAAUACAUGUAACUGAUGAUAUCGAAGAAGUUGUUGCUCGUCACUUUGCUGAGUGGGGCCAAGUUGAGCGGAUUCGGGUUUUAAAUACACGAGGUGUCGCAUUUAUCACUUAUUCUAAUGAAGCCAACGCUCAGUUUGCGAAAGAGGCAAUGGCUCACCAAUCAUUAGAUCAUAAUGAGAUUUUAAAUGUUCGAUGGGCAACUGCCGAUCCAAAUCCAAUGGCACAAAAGAGGGAAGUUCGGCGUAUAGAGGAACAGGCAGCUGAAGCUAUUCGAAGAGCUUUACCAGCCGAGUUUGUUGCGGAGAUUGAAGGUCGUGAUCCAGAAGCGCGAAAACGCAAAAGGAUUGAAGGAAGCUUUAAUCUUCCUGGUUACGAAGCUCCAGACGAUGUUUACUACGCAAGAGGUAGCAAUGUAGUCAACCCGGUUGGAAGAGAAGGCUUUGAGCUGGAAGAAGAACAAAAAUUUAUAGAUUUAGCCGACAGGAUGGAAAUGGAAGAACCUCAGCCACUCGCACAAGGCGAUGAGUUUUUCUCAGCAAAUAUGAUGGCAGCACUGAAAGACACCCGAAUCGUCGUAAUGGAACAGAAAAAACCUAUACCAGCAGGACCUCUAGUCGCGUACGAUAGUGAAAGCGAAUGA